ACUGUAAACGGUGAGAGGAUGCCCCCGGACGACCACACUACAUAAUCUUUAUUCAUUUUAAUACAACUCAACCUUGCACGCCAGAGGAUUUUAUAUCCCUUUUUAUUUAUUUUUUUAAAUUUUGGUUAAUUCUUCAGUUAGUUCUUUGAGGAUGACGAGUAAGAUGAAAUUUGUGCGCUCUCUGAUGAAGACUGCAGCUCUGGCCAACGUGCCCAAACACAUAGACCACUUCUCCAAGUUCUCCCCAUCUCCUCUGUCAAUGAAGCAGUUCCUGGACUUUGGUUCGACCAAUGCCUGCGAGCGCACGUCCUUUGUCUUCCUUCGCCAGGAGCUCCCUGUCCGUUUGUCCAACAUCAUGAAGGAGAUCAACCUCCUGCCUGACAAGCUGCUGGCCACGCCCUCCGUCCAGCUCCUCCAGACCUGGUACAUCCAGAGCCUGUUGGAAAUCCUUGAGUUUCUGGACAAGAACCCAGACGAUCAGAGAGUCCUCGAGACGUUUGUGGAGGUCUUGGAGGCCAUCAGGAACCGGCACAACGAGGUGGUCCCCACCAUGGCUCAGGGAGUCAUCGAGUACAAAGACGCCUUUGGCCAGCAGGACGCUGUCACUGAUCACAACAUCCAGUACUUCCUGGAUCGCUUCUAUACCAGCCGCAUCUCCAUCCGCAUGCUCAUCAACCAACACACUCUGGUCUUCAACGGAAACACAAACCCCGCCCACCCUAACACCAUUGGCUGCAUCGACUCUAUGUGUGAUGUGACAGAGGUUGUACGAGAUGCCUAUGAAAGUGCAAAGUUGCUGUGUGAGCAGUAUUACCUGGGAGCACCAGAGCUGGAGCUGAGGCAGAUGAAUGCCAACAGCAUCAGGGAGCCCAUCCAGAUUUCAUACAUCCCAUCUCACCUGUACCACAUGCUCUUUGAACUCUUCAAGAACGCCAUGAGAGCAACCAUUGAGAACCUUGAGGCCAGCAGGACCCUCCCACCCAUCAAAGUUAUGGUCGCCCUCGGUGGCGAGGACCUGUCGAUCAAGAUGAGUGACAGAGGAGGCGGCGUCCCCUUCAAGAAGACAGAGCGUUUGUUCAGCUACAUGUACUCCACAGCACCCAGACCCUCCUUAGGAGACAAACACAGAGCCCCACUGGCUGGGUUUGGCUAUGGUCUGCCCAUCUCUCGGCUCUACGCUCGCUACUUCCAGGGAGACUUGAAGCUCUACUCGAUGGAGGGUUACGGCACUGAUGCUGUCAUUCACCUGAAGGUGUUGUCCACAGACUCUGUGGAGAGGCUGCCAGUAUUUAACAAAACUGCUCUGCGUCACUACAAGCUGAGUUUGGAGGCAGACGAUUGGUGCAUUCCCUCAAAGGAGCCAUUGGACUUGGCUGUGUACCGCGCUGCCAAGUGAUUCACUAAAUGACCAGAUAUAACAAACAUUUGCAAACUGACCAUAGAAUGUCCUUUAAAGGUAGGGCAUUGUGGGACCGGAAUUGUUAGCUCGGCAGUGGAUGGGGGGCUGAGGUGACUCAAAGUGGCCGGUGAGAUGAAAGAGAAGGCCCCAUCAUCGACGUUCUGACUGUCUAGGAAUUGGAGCGAGCACCUUCUUCCUGCAUCUCCUCCUGCUUUCUUUACGUGUGUGCUGUAGAUAAAGGAAGAGAAAAAGGAAGUUGACAUUCUGAGUCAAGACGGUGGACACAGAAAGAUGUAGUGGUUGCAUCCAGAAACAGAGAGAGAGAGAGAGAGAGAGAGAGAGAGAGAGAGAGAGAGAGAAAGACAUGUUGAGAUGAACUGAAUACAGUACAGGGCUGAACAAUUUGUGGAAGAUAUCUAAUCGUGGACAUUUUCUGACCAAUAUUGGGAUUGUGAAUUGAAAACCAGUGUGAUCAAUCAAAGCACAAAAGGGUGUUAUUUGUUAUGAAGAGCUGCACAUUGAGUAAUAACAAACAGCUGGUAAGAGAGGCAGCUGUUCUCUGUAGCUCUUUAACCAAAUAUUAGCUUCACAAAUGAACAGAUUGUUGCUUCACAGCCCCGAAUGCUGGACCACCACAUUCGAAACUUUUACAGUGAAGCUUUAAACAACUAUAUGAUGUCCUUAAAGCUUCAUUUGGGCAGUUCCAGCAACUGUUUCACUGUCUGGCAGCUGUCAGUCAUUAAACUCAAGCUAGGUGCUAGCUGUUAGCAGCUUCGUCUGAAAAUGAUCAGCUAGCUAGAUUGUUAAUGUCUAUAAAAACACAAAACACAGAACCCUCUCUAUUUUAUCUGACAUCUAAAUUAUACACACAGUACAUUUACUAGUGUGCUGAGAGAAAAUUGACAACAAGAGCCAUAAGUUUUAUUUAGCAGUUUCACUCAGCUAACGUCAAUUAGCCACAGCUGGCUAAAUUUAGCAAAGCUGUCUUUAUGGUCAGCAAAGUUAAUGGCUGCCCAUUAACUAAUAAUCACAAAACUUUUUGACUGAUUCCUAAGGUGCCAAAAUACGCUAUAUAAAAAAAUACAGCUCUUUGUGAGUAAUCAGUCGGCCCCGAAUAUUGGGAAAAGAUGGCUUCAUUUUUUAAAACCACUCUGUUAAAGCAUUGUAAGCGUUCCAGCCUUUGGCAACAUUUGAUUUGAAUGAGUUCCUGAUAAUUAUGUAACAUAAAAAAGUACCAUUAUACUUUCUCUUUUUUUUUUUUUUUUUUUUUUUUUUGGCAUGAAUUUACUUUGAGUCUGCAUGUUUUCUCAUUGUAAUAAUGUCUGACGGAAUGGGUCCAAGGGCUUUUAUAUAUCUCAGCAGCAGUAAGAUGUUCAGAUGAAAGAAAGAGACUGUGGUGUGUUAUAAAGGAUUUGGUUAAGUCUAGGACAAAAAACAGUGCAUGUGUCUUCCAGCUUGAUAUUAUCCCAAGCCUUAUUUCACAAAGAAAUACACAUUGCAGCCAAAUGUUAGUGAUCUGUAUUACUGAUUUUUUUUUUUUUUAAUAAAGGUGUUUCAGGGUGCUUGUCAGCCAGUCAGGUCUUUCAUUUUCAAGGUGCCAGCAGGAGAUUUUCCUCAGAAACAGAAUAUGUCUGUGCACAUUGACUAAGAGGUGCUUUUUUUUCUUUUUCUUUUUUGUUACGAGAAACAAAACAUUCCCUCCUGUGUGUCCCUGGUUUGCUUUUGUGUGAAUCAGUCAGGGAGAGAAUACUUUGCAGGCUUGUGUUGAUUUAAUGUAGUUUCUCUUGAACAAACUGACUAAGUAAAUCCUCUCUUGAAUUCCUGCCUUUUGGCAGAACAGGUGUUUGGCUACCCAGUUACUGAUAUUACACAAGGAUUAAGGUUUGUGUUUGGCAGGUAGUCUAACACUGUCAGCAACAGACAGUUAUGUAAGUAUGUCUUCUGUUGACGGUAUUGGUUAUCUAUUAGUUAGCUGAACUCACUGUGUGGAAAGUGCCUCAAUCAGUGUGUUGUUGAAGACUUGUGUUGAGUCCAGACUGAAAUGUAUGCAUUUUACUGUGUGAAAAUAAUACCUCCCUGUUAUACUGUAUAUCGUGAUUCACUGUGUGUAUACUAUUCACAGCAUACAGUAUGUGUGUGACCCAGAUGCUGUUUUAUUGUGUCCUUUGAAGUGCCUGUAUUCUCAUGUAAAUUUGAAGUGAACUCUUAAUUAUGGAGGAUUUUUAUUUUUUUAAUAAAAGGUUUGAAAAAUGGUUUUAAAAAA